AUGGCAUCCCCUUCGUCCCUCUCCCCACCCGAAGUUCCGAUGGAGAUGCACGCAGAAAAUCGAGCCAAGCUCAUUAAAGCCCUUCGUCUACAUCUCUCCUCAUCGUCUCGGCCUCUCCAGGGAUUCGUCUUUCUGCAAGGAGGCGAAGAGCAAACGCGUUACUGCACUGAUCACAUUGAACUCUUCAGGCAGGAGAGUUACUUUGCUUAUUUGUUUGGAGUGAGGGAGCCUGGUUUUUAUGGAGCCAUUGACAUUGCCACUGGGAAGUCCUUUCUGUUUGCCCCAAGAUUAGAUGCUGAUUACGCUGUAUGGUUAGGGAAAAUAAAGCCGUUGUCAUACUUCAAGGAAAUGUAUAUGGUUAACAUGGUUUGCUAUACCGAUGAGAUUGUAGGGGUUCUACAUGAUCACUAUGGGGGGUCAGGAAAGCCCUUAUUGUUUCUCUUGCAUGGGCUUAACACUGACAGCAACAAAUUCUCCAAGCCUGCACAACUUGAGGAGAUGGAGAAGUUUGACACUGAUUUAAGUACACUGCAUCCUAUAUUGAUCGAAUGCCGCAUUAUCAAGUCAGAUCUGGAGCUUGCACUUAUUCAGUAUGCUAAUGAUAUAAGCUCAGAAGCUCAUGUUGAGGUUAUGAGGAAAGCAAGAGUGGACAUGAAAGAAUAUCAGUUGGAAAGCAUAUUUCUUCACCACAUUUACAUGUAUGGUGGUUGUAGGCAUUGUUCAUACACAUGCAUUUGUGCUACUGGUGAUAAUAGUGCUGUUCUCCAUUAUGGUCAUGCAGCUGCUCCAAAUGAUAGGACCUUAAACGAUGGAGAUAUGGCACUGCUAGAUAUGGGAGCUGAGUAUCAUUUUUAUGGUUCUGACAUAACAUGUUCAUUCCCUGUUAAUGGAAAUUUUACAAGUGAUCAGCUUCUAAUUUAUAAUGCUGUACUUAAGGCUCACAAUACAGUCAUUUCUAUGAUGAAGCCUGGAGUAAGUUGGGUAAAUAUGCACAAAUUAGCUGAGAGAAUAAUUCUUGAGUCUCUGAAGAUAGAAGACCUCAUUCUUGGUGAUGUUGAUGACAUGAUGGUUGAAAGAUUGGGUGCUGUUUUCAUGCCCCAUGGUUUGGGACAUUUUUUGGGCAUUGAUACGCAUGAUCCCGGAGGCUAUGCUAAGGGAAUGGAAAGGCCAAAAGAACCAGGUUUAAAGGCUUUGCGCACAAUUAGAGAACUCCAAGAGGGCAUGGUGAUAACCGUCGAGCCUGGAUGCUACUUCAUUGAUGCUCUACUGGAUCCAGCCAUGCAGAGUUCAAAUACAUCAAAAUUCUUCAAUCAAGAGAAAAUUAGCAGAUUUAAAAGCUUUGGUGGAGUCCGAAUUGAAAGUGAUGUGUAUGUUACUUGUAAUGGCUGCAAAAAUCUCACCAAGUGUCCCCGGGAGACAUGGGAAAUUGAAGCUGUGAUGGCCGGUGCACCAUGGCCACUGGACAAGAUACCUGCCCAUACAGAUAACACGAGAGGGCGUUGAGUAAUGUCAUGCUUCAUUUAAGUGGUGCUCUAAGGUGUCCCUUGGCUACCAAAGGAUGGCAGUCAGGCAGUAGCCUUAUGGGUUUGCUGUAUGGGUGACAUCCCACACCAGCUGCUGAUAUGACAUACACUUAAGACAUAUUCCUCCUUUUUAACCUCAACUUCUCAGUGCUGCGCAACAGGGAGUGCUCCUCCCCAGAGUCCCAGACCCAGUAGUAGGAGUUCACAUCUGUGCUCCACAAUGCCCUACAGCAAUUGGAGUUCACAUCUGCGCUCCACAAUGCCCCACAGCACAUCCUGGCCUUGUAUUGGAAAUAUCUCCCAAUGAUAGUUCGGAAAAUGAUAAGACAUCAUAAAAAGAUGUUCUCAAUAUAAAGUCGGGAUGUGCUGUGGGGCAUUGUGGGGCGCAGAUGUGAACUCUAGUGGUAGGCAACUUCGUUACUUCGUUGCUGCGAUCAUGGCUUUCACGCUGGUUUGUAGAAUGGCAUGCAGAGACAGCGUUUUUAGGAGAUUUGCGCAACUCUUAAUUCUUUUGUCCAGUUCAUUUGCAUCUCUUCGUUUCUAUUUGUUUCUUGAAUGUUAAUAAUUCGUUUGUCUAUCUGUAUCUGUGUGUCUGUUCAAUCUUCUAGGUGUCGGUCUCAGCAUGAAAUUAACAAUCUUCGCCACUUGUUUCUCGUACUAUAAUUUAUUUCAUUUUUUUUGUUGAUUUCUA